AUGAAGCAAUAUACCGACGAUCGCAAGCGCCGCGGCGCCUCGGAGCCCUCCACGGCGGCAACCGUCAGUGAGCCGCCCUCGGACCUACUCUACGAUUCCAAGGCGGAGAGCAGCGAGACGCCCCGUCCGCCAACCCGACGGCCUGCGCCAUUCGACUUCAUCGGCAGCAACCAGGGGCCGCUCAAAGACACGCUGGUCGACGCCGUAAUUGAGGACUUCGAGAGGAACCGUCGGGCCAUGUUCACCUCGCGCCGGAGCCACGCCACCGUCAAACUACCAGACGACGACACGACGUCGGACGCGGCAGUGACGUCGUCGUCGCCGUCGCCAUCACCACCGUCACCGUCGCCAUCGGACGGGCGCGGCGACCCCUCGGCCUUCCACAAGCAAUGUCUCGCCACGCUCAAGCUGCUCUGCAAGCUCAAGCAGGGGCUGGAGUCGCGCCGGCGGUUAAGCGAGCGGCAGCGGGAAACGUACACCGUGGGACUGCAGCGCCGCGAGUGGCUCGAUUUUCGGGCCGGGCCGCAGGCGUUUCUGAAGCAGAGGCUGGGCAUUUGGAAGCCCGAGGAGCUGCUCGGCUGGUCGGAGCCCUCCUUGCCCCUCCAACCGGGCGUGCUCCUAGACGAUCGGGCUACGCUCAACAGGGAGUGGGAUUAUUUCAUGGCCGCGGCGGUGCCGCGCUGGAUGAAGCGCGACGAGCUGCUGGCCCUCAAGGAAGAGUUUGCAGAGGAAGAGAAAUUGGUUGUGCGGCAGAUUGAGUCCGUGGAGAACCUGAUCAUGUGUAUGUCGCGCGUCAUCGCCGAGAACCAGGGGGGUUGCGACGAUGACAGUGAUGAGAACUGGCCCAUUCGCUCAGGCGGUGGAUGGGACGAGGACCCCCCCGAAGGAUCGCCGUCGCGGAACUGGACACGGAGCGGCCGUCGCGACUCACCCGCGUGGACCGAGGACAAGGAGGAGCGCGAGGGCUGGGGCGAAGUCUUCGGGACAGGCGCCUCGCGCCUCAGGCCAUCGUCGUCCCCUGAGCACGAAUCUCACUCGACAGAUGACGACGGCGUCGACGGCAGCGACAAGGCUUCGCGCCGGGACUGGAACCAGGGCCGGGCGAGAAAGAACCGCCCCUCGCCGCCGCGCCCUUCCCGCGAGUCCAUCUGCCGCCAAAUUCUCGCCAUGCUAGACAAGGCAGAGACCGCGGCGGAGAUGCGGCGUGUGACGGAGGCUAUUUCUACCGCUUCUGCUACCAAUACUACUACGAAGAAGAAGAAGGAGGAGGAGGAGGAGGAGGAGGACGGCUGGGGUUUGGAGGGCACGACGUCGGCCCAGGGCUGGUGGGAGCGCAAGCUGGAGAGAAGGCUCGAGGGCAUGAGCCGCGAGGACGCGAGGCAGACACUGCGCGACAUGAUGCAGGAGGCGACGCGGAUGACCGAAAGGCUGUAG